CUUCUCGGGAGAAGUUGUUGGCGCGAAUGGCUCCCGAGCUCCGGUAACGGAUUCGCAGUCGGCCGGUUCUUCUGCUGCCCGCCCCCGCCACAACCUUUGGGCUGCGAUGGAUAUUCGGAAAUUCUUUGGAGUUAUACCAAGUGGAAAGAAACCUGUAAGUGAAACAGUCAAGAAGAAUGAGAAAUCGCAGUCUGCUGAAGAAACUUUAAAAGCAAAGAAAGGAAUAAAGGAAAUCAAGGUAAAUAGUUCUUGUAAAGAAGGCAGCUCCAAGCAAAAGCAACCAAACAAGAAAAAGAGGAUCAUCUAUGAUUCAGAUUCAGAAUCAGAGGAGACAGCACAGGUAAAAAAUGCCAAAAAGCAAUCAGAAAAAUUGACGUUGUCUUCUAAACCUGGUAAAAUUCUACGGCAGGAUCCUGUUACAUACAUUUCAGAAACAGAUGAAGAAGAUGACUUUAUGUGUAAGAAGGCAGCCUUUAAAUCAAAAGAGAAUGGAGGAUCGGCAAAUAGUUAUCUUGGAGGAUCAAACAUGAAAAAGAAUGAAGAAAACACUAAGACCAAGAACAAGCCUUUAUCACCAAUAAAACUUACACCCACAUCAGUGCUUGAUUAUUUUGGAACUGGAAGUGUUCAAAGAUCAGAUAAGAAGAUGGUGGCAAGCAAAAGAAAAGAGCCUUCACAAAACACAGAUGAUUCCAGAUUAAAUGAUGAAGCCAUUGCCGAGCAGUUGCAGCUUGAUGAAGAUGUGGAGUUGGAGAGGCAACUGCACGAGGAUGAGGAAUUUGCCAGAACAUUGGCCAUGUUGGAUGAAGAACCCAGGACUAAAAAGGCUCGAAAGAAUCCAGAAGAGAGAGAAAUGUUUUCAUCUGUCCAAGCCAACUUAAGUAAAGCAGAAAAAUGUAAAUAUCCGCAUAAAGGUAAUAUUAGCAGAAAAAAGUAUGUGGGAUAUUCAUCUUUCCAGAAGAAAAUUUAUGUAAAAACGGAACAAUUUUCAGAUGGAAGAAAGAACUGCAGUCCUAAGAAGCAAACUAAGUCUGAAAGUUCAAAAGAAUCUCAGCAACAUUCCAAGUCGUCACCUCACAAAAUAGGAGAACACUGUUCUCUGAAAGCCAGUUCUAAGUUGGCACUUUUGAAAAAAAAAGACAGUUCUUUUAAGGAAACUGAGCCUAUGGCCCCCAAAAGAAAAGAAAAUUUUAUUGAAUUGAAAGGAGAGACAAAAACGCCUAAGAAAACCAAAAGUUCUCCUGUUAAAAAAGAGUCUGUAAGUCCUGAGGAUUCUGAAAAGAAACGCACUAAUUAUCAAGCUUAUCGAAGCUACCUAAAUAGAGAGGGUCCCAAAGCUCUGGGCUCUAAGGAAAUACCAAAGGGAGCUGAAAAUUGCUUGGAAGGCCUUAUAUUUGUUAUCACAGGAGUGCUGGAGUCUAUUGAACGAGAUGAGGCCAAGUCUCUAAUUGAGCGUUAUGGGGGAAAAGUAACUGGAAAUGUCAGCAAGAGAACAAACUACCUUGUCAUGGGUCGUGAUAGUGGACAGUCCAAGAGUGAUAAGGCAGCAGCCUUGGGGACAAAAAUUAUUGAUGAAGAUGGCCUAUUGAAUAUGAUUCGAACUAUGCCAGGCAAGAAGUCCAAGUAUGAAAUAGCAGUGGAAGCUGAGAUGAAAAAAAAAUCCAAACUGGAAAGAACACCUCAAAAAAAUGACCAAAAAAAGAGGAAAACUAGUCCAAAUAAGAAGGAAUCAGAAUCUAAAAAGAGCAAGCUGACUCCCAAAAGGGAUUGCUCUACAAAGGCAGUGAAAACAGAAAACAGUGUGUUUCGGAAAGGUCUGGACUUUGAAGAGCAAGUGACUGAGGAGACAAAUGGCGACAGCAGGGCGAGGAAUUUAGCUGAUGACAGCAGUGAAAACCAUGUGGAAAGUUUGCUCUGGGUAGAUAAAUAUAAGCCAGCCUCACUCAAGACCAUAAUUGGACAGCAAGGUGACCAGAGCUGUGCCAACAAACUCCUACGCUGGCUCCAAAACUGGCACAAGAGUCCAUCCGAAGAUAAAAAACAUGCAGUAAAAUUUGGUAAAUUUGCUGGCAAGGAUGACGGCUCUGGUUUUAAAGCAGCAUUGCUGUCAGGCCCUCCAGGUGUUGGCAAAACAACCACAGCCUCUCUGGUUUGUCAGGAAUUGGGAUACAGCUAUGUGGAACUGAAUGCAAGUGACACUCGGAGUAAGAACAGUUUGAAGGAGAUUGUUGCUGAAUCGCUGAAUAAUACCUGCAUCAAAGGCUUUUGUUCAAGUGGAGCAGCUCACCCAGUGAGCAUCAGACAUGCUCUCAUCAUGGAUGAAGUGGAUGGCAUGGCAGGCAGUGAAGACAGGGGAGGAAUUCAGGAGUUAAUAGGCCUGAUAAAGCAUACAAAAAUUCCCAUUAUUUGUAUGUGCAAUGACAGAAAUCAUCCCAAGAUUCGCUCUUUGGUUCAUUAUUGUUUUGAUCUUCGUUUUCAAAGACCUCGAGUUGAACAGAUAAAGGGUGCUAUGAUGUCUAUUGCCUUUAAGGAGGGUUUGAAAAUUCCCCCUCCAGCUAUGAAUGAAAUAAUUUUAGGAGCUAACCAAGAUAUCAGACAGGUUUUACAUAAUCUGAGUAUGUGGUGCGCACGAAGUAAGGCAUUAACCUAUGACCAGGCCAAGGCUGACUCCAGUAGGGCCAAAAAGGAUAUCAAACUGGGCCCAUUUGAUGUUGCCCGGAAAGUAUUUGUAGCUGGGGAGGAGACUGCUCAUAUGUCCCUUGUGGACAAAUCAGAUCUCUUUUUUCAUGAUUAUUCAAUAGCACCCCUCUUUGUCCAGGAGAACUACAUACACGUGAAGCCUGUAGCCGCAGGGGGUGACUUGAAGAAGCACUUGAUGCUUUUAAGCAGAGCAGCAGAUAGCAUAUGUGAUGGUGACCUAGUGGACAGUCAGAUUCGGAGUAAGCAAAACUGGAGUCUUCUCCCCACACAGGCCAUUUAUGCUAGUGUUCUUCCUGGAGAGUUAAUGAGGGGGUACAUGACCCAGUUUCCCACUUUCCCAAACUGGCUGGGGAAGCGUUCGUCUGCAGGCAGACACGAUCGGACUGUUCAUGACCUCGCGUUGCAUAUGAGUCUCAGAACUUACUCCAGCAAAAGGACCAUAAACAUGGAUUAUCUGUCGCACAUAAGAGAUGCACUUGUACAACCUUUGACCUCACAAGGGGUCGAAGGAGUAAAGGAUGUUGUUGCACUCAUGGACACAUAUUAUCUGAUGAAAGAAGACUUUGAGAAUAUCAUGGAAAUUAGCAGCUGGGGAGGCAAACCUAGUCCUUUUGCCAAGCUGGAUUCCAAGGUUAAAGCAGCCUUCACAAGAGCUUACAAUAAGGAAGCCCACCUUACUCCAUAUUCACUUCAAGCAGUAAAGACAUUUAGACGCAGCACAGGCCCAGCACUGGAUUCCGAAUAUAAUGAAGAGCUAAAUGAAGAGGAAUCUCAAUCUGAUGAGAAAGACCAAGACUCUCUGGAAACUGAUGCUAUGAUCAAGAAAAAGACAAAAUCUUCAAAGCCUUCAAAACCAGAAAAAGAAAAGGAGUCCAAAAAGGGAAAAGGAAAAAGUUCGAAGAAAUGAAACCAUUUUAUUGACAGCCACUUUUUACAUAUCCCAUUGACCAGUCUGUCUGGUCUAGAGAAAGCCUUAUUUUUUUCCCAGAGGAACCAUGCUUUAGCAGUAAUGGGAUGACUUGGUGGUCCCAUUAUAAAUAAACGGUGGUACAGCUAGAAGGAUGUAACCAGUAGGCUAACAUACACCUCUUAUAGAGGUUGAUAGGACUGCUUGGGUCUUCCACUGUCCCUUGUCAAUCUAAUUAGAUUGUUGUACUUCAAAAUUACUGUGUAUAAUUAAAACUAGAAACUAAAUGUGGGCUUUGGAGUCAGAUUUUAGUUAUGAUAACAUGCCUGGGAACAGUGGUAUACUAAGGUAACAUUUGUAGGCUUAAGAAUUUAUCCUAAUGGCCUUUACAUAUGAACAGUGCUUAUUUUUUUUAAAGGUAGUUAUUAUUAAGUGGUGAAAUUUUGUAAAUAAAUCAUAAUACAAAAUAGUCACCACCUAAAACUGGAUAUUCUUCGUACAUUGUUAAAUAUCUUGCAAAGUAUAAACUAGGAAUAAAAAUGUUCCACAUGGUAACCUAUACAAAUUCUUCUUGACCUAAGACUGUUAUCUUGUACAGUAAAUAUUAUAUUGGUGUAUUACUUUUCUUAUUAAUUUGAAAAAAUGAUCAGAUAAAAAAGCUUACCAUAUUCCUUAUUAACCAGUUAUAUGAAAUAUAACUUUGGCAGUUGAACAGUCAGAAUCACCAUUUUCAUUCCCUCUGGGUAUUUAUUGCAUAGCACGAUGUGCUGACCCCAUUGACCAGUUUCAUGGAGAGGCCCCUUUGUUUUUAGGGGGUGUGAUGGACAGCAAAAGGAUCCCAGACAUUCUUAUUCUUUGCGGCUCAACCCAUCAAGCCUAAACUGGGGAGAUCUAGGCUGGGUCAGAUUCUUAGGCUCAGUCUGGUAUGGGGCAAGUGAACAGCGUUUUUGUUCAUUUUGCCCCUGGAAGGUCUGGUUUUUGGUUCUGUUCUGGGAUGAAUUCCACAGACCCUACUGGAACUUCAGAUUGUUCCUAUAAUUGUACUUGUUGAGUGGCCCUCAGGCUGUGGAAUUAGCCUGGAAUUUAGGUGCCUACCUAUUUUUAAAAAUCUUGUCAACAAAUGCUCAGAGUACCCCUGUAAGGUAUUAAGCUUUUGAGACAUUUAAAGUGUAUUUACUUAUGUGGAAAAUGUCUUUUAUGUAGAUUAAAUUCAUUACAGGAAUAAAACAUUGCCUUAAGCCUGUGUCUUCUGAGCCAUGCCCCUCUGUCUCCCAGCUUGAUAUUUCUCUCCUUUCUUCGCUGCCCCCCAUCUCCCAUCCCCAGUGGGGUGAAGAUGGCCGCCUUCUGCAUAUUUUUCCAUUUCUAUUACUUUUGGAUAUGUAAUUGCUGGUUGCUUUGUACAUCCUGGGAAAGGGACUAUAAUCUCCUGACUGCCAGGACAAUGAAUAGUGUCAUUUACUAGAUCAUAAUGAUUUUAUUUUUAAUUAUAAAUGCUCGAAACACAAGUUUGACAUAAUGUGUGUAUGAUAAAAUAAUGUUUUUUAGAAUUAAAAAUUGUAAAGAUGCUUUCUAACAUAUGAGAAUGACAGAUGGGUCUGUUUGAUGACCGUGAGAUGAAUGCUGGGGCCACUGGUAGGUGAGUUGGUUCUGCAGCAGUUUGGAUUUGAAUACAAAUGUACUUUGUAGGCAUUGAAAAGGUACUUUUCUUUUAUUGGAGCCAAUAAAUGCCACACGCCAUCUUUGUAGCAUGAAA